AAACAAAAUGGCGGCGAAGAUUUUGUAUUUUCCAAGAUAUUCGCGAUUUGCUAAAGGUUUUUCGACUUCUUUUGGGCAAUUUAUUUCGAAAAGAAAGCCCAGAUGUAAUUCCCUGUGUUCCGAAGUUAGCUUUCAGGUACGUAGAGGGCAUUAUUCAUGCAAACCUUUGCAGAAUGGAUCAAGUUUUGAAGCUAGGGAGGGAGGUUUGGAAUUUGAGUUUGUGAAUUCAAGGAAGAAUUAUUGGCCGAAAACCCUCAAACGAUUCUACUCUAGGGGUAGGAAAACAAGCAAGGAUACCAAAGGAGCUAAGAAAGUCGAAAUAAGCAGCGAAGAUGAUAAUUUAGACGAAGAUUUGGAACAUGUUGAGAUUCUGGCAAAAUUGCGUGAAAAAUCAGGCUUAGAACAGGGGCAUAAAGUUUUGGUAAUCCAGCCAGAUUUUAAAUGGGGAAGAAAUCGAUUUCAUUUGGAAACUGUCGACCACAUGCUUGGGGAGGCGUUGAGUUUAGUGGAGGCGAUUAACGGUUGGAGCGUCGUUGAGGGACGCACAGAACCGAUUAGGAAACCAGAUUCUCGUUACUUCUUCGGCAAAGGCAAAUUGGAGGAGUUAACAAAGCUCGUUAAGAAGUUAAAGGUCGCCGGGUCCCUAAGCGCUGUGUUUUUGGACGUCGGUCGUCUCACACGAAGACAGCAUGCUGAGCUCGAGGAAUUAUGGGACGUCAAAGUGUUCGAUCGCUUCAGUUUGGUUGUGCAGAUUUUUAAAGAGCGUGCCGUCAGCAGCGAGGCCAAGGUACAAGUGGAACUUGCAGAGUUGGGGUAUAUUAGGUAAGUAGCAGUUUUGUAAUCCAUUAAUGUGCAAGACUCUCCCUUAAUAAAUAAAAUCGUCUGGCGUAAGACAGAGUAAAAUGAUAAAGUAGGGCACAUUAGGGUGCAAUGUAAGUUAACCCGCAAUGCGCCCCAGUGCGGCCUACUUAUUUUUUUUACUUGUCUAAUGCCUGACGAUUUUACUCUUCAGUGGGGAAGCUCUGCAGCUUAAUGGGUUAAUAACCAAAAAAUCUGACAAUGUCUCUAGUUGAGCCGCAAUGUGCCCCAGUGAGCCUUACUUUUUUUUACUUGUUUAAUGCCAGAUGAUUUUACUUGUCAGUGGGGAAACUGUGCAGCUUAAUGGGCAAUACCAAGGGCUGAAUUUUUGUAUGUCUUGUAAAACAUUUAGGUCUCGCCUAGUUUUCGACGACCACACAAGUUAUGACCAACAGCGAGGGGGCACAUACAGUAUCGGGGGCGGGGGAGAGACGCACCUUGAGGCCGCCAGGCGGAUGUUGAUGUUGAGACAACAGAAACUGAAAAAGAAAUUGGAAGCCAUUAGAAAACAACGCAACUUAAUUAGACAUGACAGAGCUAAAAGAAAAGUGCCCAUUGUCUCUGUCGUUGGAUACACAAAUGCUGGUAGGUGUGCAAACCAUUUUGGUUUAAUAAAGUUGACGCUUACUGGACCUCUAGGAAGAACAGUUCAGAACCGAUAGAGCUAUCCAGUAUUAAUAAAGUUAGUUUAGGUUAGGUUUCCUCCUGUAAUAACACUGGAUCAAUAAAAGAUGAUCCUUACUGGACCUCUAGGAAGAACAGUUUAGAACUGAUAGAGCUAUCCAGUAUAAAUAAAGUUAGUUUAGUUUGGGUUUCCUCCUGUAAUAACACUGGAUCAAUAAGAGAUGAACCUUACUGUACCUCUAGGGAGAACCGUUAGAGCUAUCCAGUAUAAAAUCAUCACGACAAUCAUCAGGUUUAAUCAUCAGGUUUAAUCAUCAGGUUUAAUCAUCAGGUUUAAUCAUCAGGUUUAAUCAUCAGGUUUAAAAUUCACAUGUAAAAUUCCGAUGUAAAAUUUCGAUGUAAAAUUCCGAUGUAAAAUUCCGAUGUAAAAUUCCGAUGUAAAAUUCAGAAGUAAAAUUCAGAAGUAAAAUUCAGAAGUAAAAUUCACAUGUAAAAUUCACAUGUAAAAUUCCGAUGUAAAAUUCCGAUGUAAAAUUCACAUGUAAAAUUCACAUGUAAAAUUCACAUGUAAAAUUCACAUGAAAAAUUCACAUGUAAAAUUCAGGUUGAAAAAUCUUACUGGACCUCUAGGCCCCGUUACAUGGUACCGGACAAAUUUGGAACUGUGCUGAAAGUCGUCCUUUUUCGCGGAACAGGACGACUUUGAGAGCGUCUAACCGGACGUAUUCGCGUGUAAACAAGCGAAAAUGGACGAAUUUCAGCUCGGCCCCAAAUUCGUCCGCUACCGUGUAAACAGGGUCCUAGGAAGAGCAGUUUUAUUGAACUGUUAUGUUAGGUAAGUUAGUGAAAAAUUAGGAAACUCAGGAUAAAGAUGAUUGCCUCGUUUCUAGGCAAGACAACACUGAUCAAAGCUCUAACUCACGACUCGGAAAUGCGUCCAGAAGACAAGCUAUUCGCAACACUUGAUGUAACGGCUCACCGCGGUAAGCUGCCCAGUGGUAUGACUGCAUUGUUUAUUGACACUGUGGGCUUUGUGUCUGAUUUGCCUCACGAGCUAGUCGAGUCAUUCUCUGCUACUUUGGAAGAUAUAGUACACUCUGUAAGUGAAAUGAUUUGAGCCUUAAAUGCAGGUUUUCUUGCAGAAAGAAAAAUACAUUUCCGCAGAGCUGAAUACGGUAUAUGCACUAACCAACAUCACAGAUUUCGUUUGUUUCCUAGGAUUUGCUUAUCCAUCUUCGUGAUUGCAGUCAUCCGGAGUUUGAAGCUCAGAAAGUUCAUGUCUUGGAUGUUUUAAAGAUGCUUAAACUUCCUAAAUAUUUGAUGGAAAAUAUUAUCGAGGUCCAUAAUAAAGUCGACCUCAGGUAAGACAGUUCGGAGGCAGUUCACUGCAGUUAUUGUAGAAUACUACCUACAGUUUAAAAUAGUUUGAAUGGUUUAAAAACGUAUUUGGAAUAGGUUUAACUUAAUGUUUAAGUUCCCUGUUUAAGAAAUAGAAAACAUACGAAUCUUCUCAUUUCAUGGGAACGACCUGAGACUGCAAUCACGGCUUCAAUUUUUGAAUUGCAGAAUAAUUAGAUGCACUAUCUAGUGUAUAUAAGAUAUCUAUGAAUAUACUUCUUUAGAAUGAAACUACAGAGUUUUUUUAUUAUUUUGCAGAGAAUCUAUCUCAGAUGCGAGUGGAAGAAACGAGGAACGCUUCGAAGUGUCAGCUUUACAUGAAACUGGUCUGGGUGUUUUGUGGUCAGGCGUUGAAGAUGCUUUGUUUAAAACAACAGGACGACAAAUUAAGACCAUAAUUAUCCCGCAAGAUGGACCUCAAUUGAGGUGAAAUAUAAUUUGUUUAUAAUAUGGAAAAUAUUGAAAAAUAAAAUUUAUUUACACUGGAUAAUCAAAACUGUUCUUCCUAGAGGUCCAGUAAACAUCAUCUCUUAUUGAUCCAGUGUUACUACAGAAGGAAACCUAAACUAAACUAACUUUAUUUAUACUGGAUAGCUCUAUCAGUUGUAUACUGUUCUUCCUAGAGGUUCAGCAAGGAUCAUCUCUUAUUCAUGCAUCCUGUAUUACUACAGAAGAAAAGCUCUAACUUUAUUGAUACUGGACAGCUUUAUCAGUCCUAAACUGUUCUUCCUAGAGGUCCAGUAAUAGCCCUCUCUUAUUGACCCAGUGUUACUACAGGAGGAAACCUAAACCAAACUAACUUCAUUUAUACUGGAUACAGUAGCUUUAUCAGUUCUAAACUGUUCUCCCUAGAGGUCCAAUGAGAGUCAUCUCUUCUUGAUGCAUUGUUACUACAGGAGGAAACCUAAACUAAAAUAACUUUAUUUAUUCUGGAUAGUUCUAUCAGUUCUAAACCGUUCUCCCUGAGGUCCUAGAGAAAUCCUUGGUGUUUGAGUCAAACCGGAAGCACUGUUCUCCCUUUUUUUCUAGUUGGUUGCAUCACGAGGCAACAGUGAGCGAGACAGAAACGACGCAGGAUGCCAGACUCAAAGUGAAAGUGAUCAUGGACGAAGCAGCUCUUGGAAAAUAUAACUCGAAAUUUGGAAAAGUAGACUGACGAAGGUACACAGACAUUAUUUUAUUCUGUAGAAUUUAUUAAUAUCAAUUCAAUUGCGUCAAAACAGUACAAACACAAUCGUGAAAGCAGUACAAAGAACUUACUACAAACACAAUCGUGAAAUUGGACGUAGGGCACUUAGAGAAAAAGGCUAUUUUUGUAUACAAUGAUGCAAAUUUUUACAAAAUGUGCGCUUUACGUAAUUCGUUAUAAUUUCAUAACAAUAUAUAAAG